AUGUCACCGUAUCGUUUGGUUUUUGGGAAAGCUUUCCAUUUGCCCGUUAAGUUGGAGCAUAAGGCAUAUUGGGCCACUAAGAACUUGAAUAUGGAUCUCCAAGCUGCUGGAGAAGCUCAUAAAUUACAAUUAAAUGAGCUGGAAGAGAUGAGCCAAUUGAAGUCCCACUGGUCAGGCCCAUUCACCGUGGUGAAAUUUUAUCCCUUUGGAGCUGUUGAUGUUCAGGAAGAACAAUCUGGAAGGGAAUUUAAAGUGAAUGGGCAGCGCUUGAAACAUUAUUGGGGAGGUGAGGUCGACCGCGAGAAGACCUCCAUCACUUUGGAAGAUCCUUAA